CAAUCUUUACGUCAUCGGCACUCGAUCUAGUGUGAAUUAUUUUUCAUUGACUCUAAGUGUUGUUGUCAUACGUAGCGGUGAACACUUAGCUGUAAUUACCUCGAUAGUCGGCUAAAAUGUCGUAUCAGUUGUACAGGAAUACGACGUUGGGUAAUACGCUUCAAGAAAGUUUGGACGAAUUGAUUCAGUAUGGCCAAAUUACACCGCAACUAGCGAUCAAAGUGCUCCUACAAUUCGACAAGGCGAUUAAUCAGGCUCUCGCGACGAGGGUCAAGUCGCGACUCACUUUCAAGGCUGGAAAGUUAAACACGUAUAGGUUUUGUGACAAUGUGUGGACUUUCAUGCUAAAUGAUGUCGAAUUCAGAGAGGUGCAGGAGGUAGCAAUUGUGGACAAAGUUAAAAUUGUUGCAUGCGAUGGGAAAACUGUUGAUGCGGAUGUGCCUACUAAGCGAUAACAGAUGAGCAAUCUGUAGAGGGACUGAUAUUUUUAAUUUUACUUUAGGAAAUGUCUUCGUUCUUCUUUUAAUUCUAAACCGUUUAUUGAACAACAAUCACUUUCCCCUUACUAUUGUAUGUUGUGUAGUGUUUGCUCAAGUUAGGUACCAAAAGCAGCUGAAUUUGAGACAGACACACAAGAAAUAUCUCAACCAUGUAGAUCGAAUGAUAUUCAAGUGAAAUAAUGUAGUUUGAAUACAUCCAUUAAAGCAAGCAAUAAUCACAGCUUCACUGUACUUAAUAUAGAUAAAACGUUCUAGAGAUGAAAAUAUUACGAGUAAUAUUCAUUCGCAGUCUAUUGCAGGCUGUGAUUAUUACAAAUUCCAUUGUAUCGUUGACUCGCACACAUAUAUGAAGAAUAUACAAUUUGCUUCUUGCUCCUUUUAACUCUGUAGUUUUUAUAUGAUGAAAAUAAUAAUUCAUAAUUAGCCAGUUAUAAAGGCUGUGUAGCAGUAUGGGAUAGAGACCAAAAAUUAAUAUUGAUAAUAGCUAAUAUGCAAUAUUUUGUUAAAAUAGGUAAAGAAUAAAUGAAAAUAAAACAAAUAUAUUGAGUUACAUAAA